CUCCAACCGGCAAAAUGCAACCUCACCAAUCUUGGCACUGCAUAAUGCAUUAGUGCAUUCCCGAUUACAUUAAUAUAAUAACUUCUACUGCUAUAAGUAUUGCCUACGAGCUCAUGGAGAAGCCAUUAUUGGGUAUCUCAGCUUUUCAUCAAACAUGGCCUUCUCUUAUUGCUUCACCCGUCCCCUCUCACUCAAGGUCCCCCCCUUUUUUUUUUUUUGAAAUUUUUUAUUACACCAUUUAUAGGUUUUGUUUUGUUGUUUGGUUUCUUUUCUGGGUCUUACUUGAAUCUUUCAAUUCCAAGUUCUGCAAAAUUUUGUACAUGAAGGGACUGGAAUUGGGUAUAUGACUCUGUGUUAUGCUUUGGCGCAGCCAAUUUGGGUAUUUUAUAGAACUUGUUUCUGUUAAUUUUCUUGUCUGAUCUGAAUGUCGCUUAUGGCUACGGAUUAUGGAAUCCAAUGUUUCUGUCUGGUUUGAUCCUUAAAACUGCGUUCUUUCAAUGUUUCUACUCUUUAAUUUGAAGCUUCCAUUUUGUUAUUUUUUCUUUCUUCUAUUCUGUUUUGCUUUCUUUUCUCUGUGUUGUUUGUAUAUUUGGGUUGGACUGGUUGAGCUGGCUAGGAUGGGUUCAUUUACAACUUUAAUCAACUAUAUGUGCCUUACCUUUCAGAUGUAAAGAGCAAUACAAUCUCCGUUUUUUGACUAAAGAGAUUUUCUACAUUUAGUGUCUAUUUGUCACAGGUUAACUGCAUUGGGCAGCCAACAGGCUUUCAGCAUAAUGUUCAAGAACGAAGAUUUGCUUCUGCUCUCAAAAACAUGAGCACCACACCACUUGGCCAACAUGGGAGAAUGGGAAUUGAUUUAUACAACGACUGGACUUUUCUUAGAGGAUCAAGAGUUGUGCUCACACCAAAAUUUUCAACUCACACUAGCUCCAGGAGAAGUUUUGGAGUAUACGCUUCAUGGUUGACAACUUCUGAAAUUGCUAAUAAUGCAUUUACCUUGGGAACGGCAGGUGUUCUCCCACUCUAUGCUCUGAUGGUUUUUGCUCCUAAAGCUGAACAAACUAAGAAGCUUAUGGAAAGCAGAAUCCCAUAUGUUGUGCUUGGACUAAUAUAUGCCUAUCUAUUCUACCUCUCUUGGACACCUGAUACAUUCAGGCUGUUGUUUGCCAGUAAAUAUUGGCUCCCAGAGCUUCCUGGUAUGGCAAAGAUGUUCUCUAGUGAGAUGACACUAGCUUCUGCAUGGAUUCAUUUGUUGGAUGUUGAUCUCUUUGCUGCAAGGCAGAUUUUUCUUGAUGGAUUAGAAAACCAGGUUGAGACUCGGCAUUCAGUUAUUCUUUGUCUUUUUUUCUGUCCCAUCGGUAUUGUUUCUCAUGUCAUCACUAAGGCUCUUUCAGGAAGUAAUCGGAGACCGCAUUGAUAUUUUACUUACGGAGUAAGAAUGAGAAAAAUAAUGUACCCAACUCAAAAUGAGAGUUGAAACAGAUUGGAGUUUUCCUUAUUUGAAUGGAAUUCUUGAAAGCAUUAUCGAUUUUCUUUACAAAAUAGAGGAUACAAAAUGGU